UUCCAACCAGAGAAAAGGAAAAGAAACCAAACCAAUAAAAAUAAAUUACUAGUUGUCCUAAUAUGACCAUGGAGAAACGUGACAUACAGAAAAUUCCAUAUCAUACGAACUUUAUUUAUAUAUAAUAAUCUUCCAACAAAUGAAUAAAUUGGAUCUAAAUUCAUCUUCUAUAAUGGAGCAACAAAAGGAUUCACAACCAAAGUGGGAAGCAAAAGUCUCAACAACAUUACAAAAGGCAAGUGCAGACCAAAUAUUUUCUCUUUUCAAAGACUUUUUUGGGCUAAACAAAUGGUUUCCUAGCUUGUCAACAUGUUAUGGCAUCCACGGCGAAAAUGGCGAGGACGGUUGCGUACGAUACUGUACCGGAUUCUCUCUCCCUCCGGAGAGAGGUGGUGGUGCCACCGGAGAAGCCCCGGUGAGCGGUUGGUCUAAGGAGAGGUUGGUGGCUAUUAAUCCAAUUGAGAGGAUAUUAAGUUAUGAGAUGGUGGAUUGUAACAUUGGGUUUAAGUCAUACUUUUCAACGGUCAAGAUUGUUCCAAAUGGAGUUGAUGGAUGUGUGAUUGAGUGGUUUAUCACCGUUGAUCCAGUUGAAGGGAUGAGAUUGGAGGAUUUGGUCAACAAGUAUGAUGUUGGCCUGCAAGGAAUGGCUAAGAACAUGGAAAAUGCCCUAACAAGUUCAUAAGUUUUUUGUUUUUUAAUUUUGGGGAUUUUAUGUUUAUUAUUUCCUAUGUCAUAUAUUAAUGAUAUGAAUUCUACUUGAUUAAUAUUUCUUCCU